UUUCCCUUUAUCUUCUCCACUAAGCAAAUCAACUCCGCGUGUUCCUCCCCAAAACUCUGACCCUCCUUCCAUCCGACCCGAAUCCGAUGUCAGGCCCCCAAUCGGAGCCCCUCUCGACGUUCCUCAGCGGCGUCCUCUCGCAGCGCGGCCCCAACGCCCUCCCUUACGUGGAGCACCACAAAUGGCACAUCCGGCAGCAACUCGUCGCCCUCAUCUCCGCCUACCCCUCCCUGGAGCCCAAGACCGCCACCUACACCCACAACAACGGCCACACCGUCAACCUCCUCCAGAUCGACGGCACCGUCCCCAUGCCCUUCCAGGGCGUCACCUACAACAUCCCCGUCGUCAUCUGGCUCAUGGACACCUACCCCCGCGACGCCCCUUGCGUCUACCUCAACCCCACGCGCGAUAUGAUCAUCAAGCGCCCCCACCCCUAUGUCAACCCCUCCGGCCUCGUCACCGUCCCUUACCUCCAGAACUGGAUCUUCCCCGGUUCCAAUCUCCUCGACCUCGCUCGCAACCUCAGCGACUGCUUCGCUCAGGAUCCGCCGCUCUACUCCUCCCAGCGCCCCCGCCCUAAUCCCACUCCCACUCCCACUCCAAACCCUAACCCUAACCCUAGUCUCUCGCCGAGUCUGUCCAAUUCGUCUUAUUCUUACACUCGCCCGGUGAUCCCGCCGACGAGGCCGUACCCGCCGUCGCCGUACGGCAGCGGAGGAGGAGGAGUAGGGUCGUUCUCGCGGGUGACGGAGGACCCGACGGAGGUGUACAAGCGGAAUGCGAUUAAUAAGAUUGUAGAGAUGGUGCACGGGGACAUGGCCGGGCUGAGGAAGGCGAGGGAGGCGGAGAUGGACGGGCUGUUCAACGCACAGGUGGCGCUGCGGCAGCGGUCGGAGCAGUUAGGGAGGGGCUUGAAGGAGAUGCUGGACGAGAAGGAGGGUUUGGAGCAACAGCUGCAGAUGGUGUUGAUGAAUUCUGAUGUUCUGGAGGGGUGGCUGAGAGAGAACGAAGGGAAGGGCAAGGGCGGCGGUGGUGAGGUGGAUGAUGCGUUUGAGUGCGUGGAUGGGCUCUCGAAGCAGAUGUUGGAGAGCACGGCGGCGGAUUUGGCGAUAGAGGAUGUUGUGUAUUCGUUGGAUAAGGCUGUGCAGGAUGGGGCUGUGCCGUUUGACCAGUACUUGAGGACUGUCAGGUUGCUGUCGAGGGAGCAGUUCUUUCAUCGCGCGACGUCGGCCAAGGUCAGGGCCGUGCAGAUGCAGUCACAGGUUGCUAACAUGGCUGCUAGGCUCACACAUUAUGUUGCAUCAUAGGGGGGUCAUUGGUUUUGGUGGCGUUCGUGUUGUUGGAUGUCCUGGCUGCAUAUUUGUGCUGCAAUAGAAACGGGGUAUGUAUAGAUUCAGGUUAGAUUCUUGUGAAAAUAUGUCAAUCUAUUAUGUUGAUUUAUAUAAUUAGUUUGUACUUUCACUUUUUUUCCUGAUUGGGUGAAGUGGAUAAUUUCUGUUUAAUAAUACUCUGUAGAAGCUCAAUUUUAUAUAAUGAAUAUCAUACUAGUUAUUUUUCA